AUGAACACCACCAACACCAACAUGAGCGUCCCCCAAACCGCAAACAAUGGUACAGGCGGGUGCCAACAACCAUACAACCCGAUGGGCAUUUGCAUUGCGCCCGAGUCUUACACCAUCGAGACCGUGAUUGUUGCAGGUUGUGUGCUGGCUGCCAUCAUCGUCGUCGGUUGUCUCGCUGGGAUUCUGGCUCGUUCUUCUGGCUCGGCUUCGGCCUCGAAGGCGGUGGAUGAGGAGGCGGCAGCUGAGAAGUAG